UCUAGCGCCCGUGCGGGGAGGGGGUGGGGUGAGCGAGCUUCUUGCGCGCUUCCACUGUGGCAGAAGGCAUCCUCCGAUGCUCUAAUCCGGGUCCAUGUAGGACCUGUAAGAAUAACACCUUAGGGGGUUGCGCUGGUCCCACGAGAGGCUGGUCCUGGUGCCCUUCGGGCUUCCUCGGCGGCGCCCUGGGCCCGAGGAACGACCAGGUUUGGUCCCGCGGCGUCCAGAACCCCGGGCCCGCCGGCGAACGGGGGAACAGCGCUGGACCCAUGGCGCCGCCCGGGGCCCCGCGCCUCGCCGGCGAGCAGGGGGAGGCCCACCCAGAGCGAGGGAAGCCGGGCGCCUUGAGCUUCGCAGACGUGGCCGUGUACUUCUCUUCGGAGGAGUGGGGCUGUCUGCGGCCAGCCCAGAGGGCCCUGUACCGGGACGUGAUGCGGGAGACCUACGGCCACCUGGGCGCGCUCGGAUUCGCAGGCCCCAAGCCCGCCCUCAUCUCCUGGAUGGAGAGAAAGAAGGAGGCGUGGAGCCCGGAGGCCGAGGAUCCCGAGGACAGGGCGAGGCACCCAGGAUAUGGGAUAGAAAGCAAGAAAAAGAAGAAUGAACCAAGCAGUAGAAUCAGGGCCAAGGAGCUGGAGGACCCCCCUGUGAAGAACGGGCCACUGAUGAAGGCCAGGCUGGUUCCUGGUUUUAGAGACUGCAGCUAUUCAUUGCCUCAGGUCUCCUCUGACACGGGACACCAGUGCACCGAGACUCCCAAGAGGCCCUACCCCUGCCUGGAAUGUAGCCGUUCUUUCAGCUACCCCUCCCUCCUAGCCAGCCACCAGCGGGUCCACUCUGGGGAGCGGCCCUUUCCCUGUGACCAGUGUGGACGCUGCUUCCGCCAAAGAGGCAAUCUGGCUGUUCAUAUGCGCAUACAUACAGGGGAGAAGCCCUUCUCCUGCCCAGACUGUGGGAGGCUCUUUGCCUACCCCUCGAUGCUGGUCAGACAUCGGCGAAUCCACUCUGGAGACCGUCCAUAUGUCUGUGGGCCUUGUGGGGUUCAGUUCUCCCAGAGGGCUCACCUGGUCCAGCACCAGCUGCUUCAUACAGGGGACAAGCCUUAUUCAUGUCCGGAUUGUGGCCGCUCCUUCCGCCAGACGGGGGCCCUGGCCAUCCACAGACAUAGACAUGGUGGGGAGAAGCCAUAUGUGUGUACUGAGUGUGGGCGCCACUUUACACAUCCUUCGCUCUUGGCUAUCCACCAGCGCACCCACACGAGGAAGAAGCCCCAUAUCUGUUCUGACUGUGGUCGGGGCUUUGCCUACCCCUCCCUCCUGACCAAUCACCAGCGGGUCCACUCUGGUGAGCGCCCCUACCCUUGUGCACAUUGCGGUGCCCGUUUUGCCCAGCAAAAUAACCUGCUUCAGCAUCAGCUCAUUCACACAGGCGAAAAGCCCUAUGAGUGCCCUGAUUGUGGCCGCUGCUUCCGGCAGAGUGGCUCUCUGGCUAUCCAUAGGCGCACACAUACAGGGGAGAAGCCCUACUCCUGCCCUGAGUGUGGGCACCAAUUUACCUCUUCGUGUGUCCUCAACAGUCACAGGCGUGUCCAUUCUGUUGAGAGGCCCUUCCCCUGUUCCCAGUGUGGGAAAACCUUUAAACGAAAGAGUGCCCUGGAAGCCCAUCAAUGGAUCCAUCGCACACGCAGGACAAGUCAGAGGGGCGCCGGAUCUCUGUUACAACCUCCAGCCCGAGCUUCUGUCCCUGAGGGUCAGGAACCGUCAGUACACUUCCGGCAUUUUCCUGAUAUGUUUCAGUAGUGCGAGUGUCUGAGUUCAGCAGCGUGAACAAGCGAGUGUUUUAAGAUUCUCCCUGAUCAAGUGUUGGGAAGGAGGUGCACAGAGGGCAUAGGAGGGGUAGGAGAGGGGAGGAAAAGGGAAUCAAUCAAAAAGGAGAUAGUGGGGGCUGAGCCACAUCUAGAGUCUGUGAGUGACCUGGAGCUGAGAGGGAGGACAUCCAGAGGGAGGCACCAUCCAGGAAAAGCAUGAGUCUCCUCCAAUCCACUCCCAGCACCAACUGCUGACCUCUGAGCUUUCAGCUCCCAGUUUUCCCUAACUCUAGAACUCAGGAGUUCAAAUCUUAAUUUGGACCAGAAGCCAAAAUGGAAG